GCGGCCCUGACAUCACAUUGACGGAAAUUUAGCUGAGCUCGUCCAAACUGACCAAUCCGAGAGCUCGGAGAUCUUUCAAUUCUUCAGCGUCGAUAAAGCCGAUUUGUGAUACCGAAAGACAUUAGUACUUCAGUGGGUGGCCCCGAACCAACAAUUGCGUAUAGCGCACACCUACCUAUCUUUUCGCAGUCGCGAGACAUCCAUAUCUCUACUUCGACCGUAAUGGCGACGAGACGAUUAGCUGCCGCCUCCUUGCGCGGGGCAAGCGCAAGAGCUACGGCCUCGGCUGCGCCUUGUCUACACGCACCGCGAGCUUCGUUCAGCUCGGCUUCUCAAGCACCACGGAACUCAAUCCCGAGGCCGCAACUGCGGAUGCUGCGCAACAUUGCGCGCGAGCGUCGCUGUCACUCGGACCCGCCGAACUAUCCGAAGAGUCAGUUCUGGUCCUUCGAGCAGAUCAAAGUAGCCCUCAGCCCAGCGAACACAUCGAAGCCACGCGUAACCCUAAUCGACGUGCGCGAGCCGGACGAGGUGCGCGAGACGGGGCGGAUCCCGGGGGCGCUGAACGUGCCGAUCAUGUCGCAGGCGGACAGCUUCUUCCUCAGCGCGGACGAGUUCCGGGACCGGUACGGGUUCGAGCGGCCCGGCGACGGCGGCGAGGACGAGAAGAUCGUGUUCUACUGCAAGGCCGGCGUGCGCAGCCGGUCCGCCGCCGAGCUGGCCAUGCAGGCUGGCUGGAAGAACGUCGGCGAGUACGCCGGCAGCUGGCUUGACUGGGUUAAGAAUGGUGGGGAUAUACAGAUUGGUGGUAAGGUACGGAAGGCGGAGAAGGAGAAGGAGAAGGGGAAGGGGGAUGGCGAGGGUGGGCGGUAGGCGGGUGGAUUCUGGAGGUAGAGGGGGAUGUGUGGAAGAUGAAGCAGCUCACUGUUUUCUUUUCCUGGCCCCUACCUCUUAUGUAUUUUAAAAACGGUUUCAGAGGAAUGAAUCUCCAAGGGCCAGCUAUGAAGUAAACAGGGCAGCGAGCUUCAAUAAACAAACACCAGCUGUCUAGGACCUAAGUUCAACAACAUACUAUACUUCCUUGAGCAUCAAAAAUCGUAGAGAUCAUGCAGUUCAAAACUAGGCAGAUCAGACCAAGUUGAUAUUACAUUGGUACAUGAAAGGUAUCAGCUAGUAGUGUACGCAACACUGUUCAGUCCAGUCCAGCCCAGUC